AUGGACCCCGAACUCACGCUCGAGCAGCUCGAAGAAGUGACGACCACCUUGCCUUUUCAAACAAAUGCAACACAAAAUCUCAAUGUUUACUACUUUUACGAUUCGAUCCAGUUCACAGUGAUGUGGGUGCUAUUCGUGCUCAUCGUCGUACUCAACACUUCCGUGAUCGCUGCUCUGCUCUGCACCAAUGCCAGAAAGAGUAGGAUGAACUUUUUCAUAAUGCAUCUUGCAAUAGCAGAUUUGUUCGUGGGCUUAAUAUACGUAUUCGUUGACAUCGUGCAGAAGAUCACCAUUGCAUGGCUGGCUGGAGAGUUUCUUUGCAAAGUCAUCAAAUUCCUUCAGGCUGUAGUGAUGUACGCAUCGACAUAUGUCCUGGUUGCGCUCAGUAUCGACCGCUGUGAUGCCAUCACGAAUCCUAUGAACUUUUCCAGAAGUUGGAAUCGAGCAAGGGCCCUGAUUGUGUCAGCGUGGAUUAUCAGCACAGUGUUCUCUAUACCGAUCCUGAUACUGUAUGAAAUAAAGGAGGUACAAGGGCAGCUUCAGUGCUGGAUAGAAUUGGGUACAGCGCGCAGAUGGCAGAUCUGGAUGACUCUGGUAUCAAUCAUGAUCUUCGUGCUGCCUGCGUUAGCGAUCGCUGCCUGCUACGCGGUCAUAGUACUGACUAUUUGGACAAAGAGCAAAGCGGUCGUAAUGAGCCCGCCAAUGAAUAAUAAAAGGGGGAAGAUGAGAACCGGGCAGGUGGAAUGCGACCCAGAUUCGCGGCGCGCCAGUUCUAGAGGAUUGAUACCGAGAGCCAAAAUCAAGAGCGUCAAAAUGACAUUUGUUAUUGUUUUCGUGUUCGUGCUUUGCUGGUCACCAUACAUCGUAUUCGACCUGCUGCAAGUAUACCAUCAAAUACCGAUGACGCAAAUGAACAUAGCCAUCGCAACCCUUAUACAGAGCCUGGCGCCGUUGAAUUCAGCUGCGAAUCCACUGAUAUGCUGCAUGUUUUCGCCACAUAUUUACGCGAGUCUAAAACGUGUGCCACCAUACCGCUGGUUCUGGUGCGGUACGCAGCGCAGACGGCACGUACGUGGUACCGCGCGGUCGAGGUCAGACUCCACCGGACAUUCAGACCUCCUCAGUUCCACACAUGCAAGGAGGUCACAUUCUGUUGCUAUGAUAUUAAACCGCACUCGCGGCAACAGCAUAUCGCGAUCACAAGAACAGCGCCGCACGCACAUGGUGACGUUGCCGCUGCGUGACUGACGGCAGCUGGAGCUGGCGUCUGACGUCAUGCUGUGAAAGGAUACGGAUACACGCUACACUAAAUCCUUCAAUUGUAUUGUAUAGAAGCAAGCGUUAC